AUGUCCCAACAGCCCGUCACCAUGGCAUCCGCCGAAGAGAACCCCCUCGCAUCUCUCCCCACCCCCAUCCCCGACCCCAUCACCGGCCGUUUGGAUCCCAACGACCCGGCCGUCAAGGCCCUCACCGAUGCCGCUCUUAACAUGGACAAGAGCAAGAUCCCCCGUCCAUACAAGUGCCCCCUCUGUGACCGUGCAUUCUACCGUUUGGAGCACCAGACUCGCCAUAUUCGCACCCACACUGGCGAAAAGCCUCACGCGUGCACCCACCCAGGCUGUGACAAGCGUUUCUCGCGUUCGGAUGAGUUGACUCGCCACGCCCGCAUCCACCUUCCUCCCGCCGCUGAGAAUGGUUCAAAGAUCAAGUCGAGGCACGAGGAUGACGACCAUGACAUGGAGGACCGCCGCGGCGGCCACCUUCCCCACCUUGGCCCCUCGUACGGCAUGGACUUUGACCGCCACGACUACUCGAACCCCUACCUUCCCGCUCUGCCCAUGGGCAACGGCGGCGGCAGCGCUUCGGGUGGUAUGAACGACAUUUCGGCGCUCGCUGCGGCGGCGUCCGACCAGCUGUAUGAGCUUGAGCGUCACGAGGCCUUCCGUCGUGCAGAGUAUGAGCUUCGCCACCGCCAGAUUGCCGCUGGUGCCGGUCGUAAGAGUAAUGGUGGCAGCCCCGGCAACGCCACCCCCUCCAACGUGGGGGGCGGUGGGGCUGCUUACGGCUUCUCGAGUGAGCGUGACCGUUUCAACCAGGCCCCCUCCUCGGGCACCACCGCCAGUGGCGGCCAGAUUGUAUUCCCCGUUUCCGCCCCCCAGCCGGCUACUGCCAACCACCCAGCCGUGCCCGCCGGCACGCUUGCCGACCCCACCUACCUUGUUCCUCCUACUUGCUGCCACGAAGACUGCCACAAGAGCUACCGCAAGCGUCUCAAGGUCGCGCGCCAGACUGCUGCUUGCCCCAACUGUCUCGGCGGCUCGCAUGGCAACGGCGGCCACAACGGCCACAGCGCCGGCGGCGCCCCUCACGGCGGCUCGGGCAACAAUGACGGCCACCACUCGAGCAACUCGUCGACCCCCAAGGACCGUUCCAACGUUGGCUCGAGCGAGGACCUCACCAAGCUUGGCGGCAGCAGUGGCCAGGGCAACUCGUACCACCUGCACCACGCCAACUUGCAACAGCAGCUUGCCCGUCUCCAGCAGCAGCACCAGUCCAAGCAGACCUCGAGCAGCCAGCCUAGCAGCAACAGCGGCAGCCGCUCACACCACCACAAGUCGACGAGCCGUCACCACCAGCUCAACCCUUACCCAGUCAACAUGCACAGCCACCGCUCGUCGCACGCUUCGCUUGCUCCCUCGGCUGACGUCUCGCGCGCUGCCAGCCCCGAGACUGACGACUCGUCCGACGAGGAGGGCGGCCACAGCAGCCACCACGUUGGCUCGGCGCCCGAGUUUGCGCAGACCAGCCCCGUGUUGGCUGGUAUGCGCGGCAUGAGCCUCUUUGCCGGCCGCAACGCCGCUACCGCUCCCGUCUCGGCCGUCGUGAGCCCCGUUGGCUCGCGUGCUACGUCGCCUGUCGAUGGCCACAGCGCGUCCUCUGGCCGUCACGGUCACGGAUCGCACACUGCCCGUGAUGCCAAGAACCGUUCGCACCCUUACGGAACGCACCACCACCACCACGUCCACCACCACCCGGGAUCGCACAGCUCGAUGCCCAGCUCGCCUCAUGUCCACGCCACAAAGUCGCGCAUGUCGCCGCCCAAGCUCCCCGAGCCUCCUCACAAGUCGGUUGAGGAGAUUCUCAACUCGUCUGCGAUCCCCCCUCCUCCUCCAGCUUCAGACCGUAUGCUCCCACUUCCCAACAGCUCGGCCUCGUUCUCGUCGGUUCCCUCAGUCUCGUACUCGCUGUCGGCAGGCUCGGCGCACGGCAGCCCUGUGGGCUCGCGCUCGUCGUCACCGGUCCACUCGACUUCGCACUCGACGCACUCGCAGAUCGCCCACAGCGUCCGCGCAGCGUUUGGCAUGACCCCCAUGUUCCGCGGCUCGGACACGACCGCGUCGUCGUCAAACCCGUCCCCCAAGAGCGUCAUCAACAACAACCAGUCGUCGAGUUCGCCCAACAACCGUCUGCCGCCCCUUGGCGUCCGUAACCAGGACUCCAAGCCCAGUCUUCCUAGCUUCUCCCGUGGCCCGAGUCCCGUGCACCUCAUGGAACUCGAUGGCCAGGCUUAA